AUGAGCGAUAGUCAUCUUGCGAGCUCCUUGAUGGAGUUAAACAUUGAAGUGGGGACAACCGACGUACCUCAAACCAUUGCUGAAGAACAAAGUCAGACGACAGAUAAUAAGGAAGAGGUGCUUGACGACGAAACCACAAUCAAGAAUGACCCGCAGAAAACGAAGAUUACCCUCAACCAGAGUAUGAUGCUCUCCAAACUGCCCGCGAAAACGACCUCCGCUGUGCUCUCAGUGUCCAAACCGACUGAAUCCAAAAUACAGAUUCGUUUCAAAUCAAUAGGAUCCGUGGACCAAGUGAGCCCUGCCGUAUUCAAGAUCAGCAAAAGCUCCAAAUUCUCAUCCAUCUUGCGUUUUCUUGAGCUCAAAUUAGGCAGAAAAGUGUACUGCUAUCUCAAUAACUCGGUCAGCCCCAAUCCCGACGAGGAGCUCGAAAACCUGUAUAAUAUUUUCCGCGUUGGUGACGAGCUUAUUGUCAGCUACUGCAACAUUGUCGCAUUCGGUUAA